GUCAGUCAGUCCUCCAUGACAUGGCUGCUCUGCCUCCUCUUGCCCCUGCCCGGGGGCGCCACUCGUGCUGGAUCGACGUAAGGGGUCAGAUGGAGGAUAAAUUCCAUGUAGUCGAUGCCGUGCUCAGUCGCCAGACGAUCGUACUCCCUGACAGGCAAGGCAGCCAUCAAACAGACAGACAGACGUGAGUGAGUUCAGAGGAAGGGCGGCUUCUGUGUCUGGUAAGUACAUGGUGGCCACGUUCUCUUUGAUGCCAAACUGCCUGCACACCUGCACCAUUUCGUCACGCGUCAACAGACCUGCACUCAUCAAUCCAUUAGCCACACACACGUCUAGACAAGGGGGAGCCUAAGAGCCAGCGAGCCCUCCCUCUUUUUUCAGACAGUCACUGACCUUCAUAUUUUUUUGCGUGUGCCUUGAAUGCCUCCUUGACUGCACACCAGAAUCGCGGCUCGAAGACGGCUGCUGGGUCGACACGUGAGGCCUCCUCCUUGCCCAACAAGAAGGUCCUCCUUCUCUUCGCGUCAAGCUGAUAGAUGGAACAGGUAAGGACAAAGAGACCAGGCUAUCUCAACCAGUGCUUUCUUUGCGUUUGUGUGCCUGUGUUGGUUGAAUGUAGGGGCCUGGAGGUGAAAUGAGAACAGAGGGAAGGUCUGGCCGCACGACUUCAUCGCUUGUCUUCCCUACCGAACAUGGUCAUGAAUUCGACAUAAUCGAUGGUGCCGCUCCUGUCGUCGUCCAUGGCAUCAAAGAGAAUGUCAGCGGCUGACUCGGGCAAGCUGAAGAAGCGAAAGAAGGCCCGCCCCUCGUCCUGGCUGAGCAUCCCAUCCUGCGAGCGGACAACAAAAAGACAAGAGUCAAGACACCGCGAGUAAAUCACACCAUCCUUUCUUACAUGGUCCUUGUCGACAGUACGAAACAUCUCC